AUGGGUCCGGGAAGUGUUCUGGGCGAAGGGGGGGCGGCAGGAGGCGCAGCGCCUUCGACAGCAGCGCCUUCGACAGCAGCGCCUGAAGCGUCGGCGCGUGUAGCAUCCGCGCCGUUGGCGGAGGGGGAAAAGUUCAAGGUGCUCUUCUGUGGAGACGAGUUCCCCGAAGCCUACACCUACUCCGCCGAGCUUCUACACAAAGAGCCCAACAUGGAAGUUUCCUGGCACCCGCGGGCCGAAAUCCCUCGGCGAAUCAGGGACUGCCACGUCGUCGUGCCACGGAUGACCCGGCUGGACGCUGGAACCAUCGCGGAAGCUUCCAAGCUGAGGCUGAUAGUGCAGUUCGGGGUGGGAUUAGAGGGGGUUGACGUGGCAGCAGCAACAGCAAGGGGGAUUAGGGUGGGGAGAAUCCCGAGCGCUGAUACAGGGAAUGCUGUCUCCUGUGCCGAGCAUGCCAUCUACCUCGCUCUGGCGCUCCUAAGAAAGCAGGUGCGGUUUAGAGUGGUGUUGUGGGUUGAACUGGGCUGGUGGGGUUGGAGGGGGUGGAUGUGGCAGCAGCAUCGGCGAGGGGGAUCAGGGUGGGGCGAAUCCCAAGUGCCGAUACAGGGAAUGCUGUGUCCUGUGCUGAGCAUGCCAUCUACCUUGCUCUGGCGCUCCUAA